AUGCCAGGCCCACGUCAAGGAAACCGCAGGAGAUCCCCUGGCCCAAAAGCGAAACCACAACGCGCGAAACAAGCGCCCCCGACGAACAAACAGCACGUUCAAAAAGUCGAGCGCGAAGCCGCACCAGAGCCCGAAAACCCUAAUGGCUUCGAGAUUGUCGGCAAAGUUCACCUUUCCCUUCAACAAUUGCUUCUCGAUGUAUUCAAGACUGCCCUCCUUACGAACCACGUAGCCGCAGAGUCGGCACCUGCGAACCCAGAUGCCGAGUCUGGUGAAGCGCAAUUGGAGGAUAAGAACGACGAGCUGGAUAUGAAAUCUUUGAUCCAGACUAUCAAGGGUCUUCUUUAUCAACGUGACUUUGACUCGGCAUUUACUGAGGCUGGUGAGGAUUUGUUGCGUGCUUAUGCUUUGCGCUGGAGUGCGUCGCGGUCUUUGGGAUAUGCGGGGUUGUUGAAGGGUGUGCUAUGCUGGAUGAAGGAGGAAGAGGAGAACACUCGCGGGCGUUCCAGGAUACCUUCUAACAAAUGUACUCGCGUUGUCUGCAUUGGUGGCGGCGCUGGUGCUGAGAUUGUUGCCCUUGCGGCCGCAUGGAGAGAUUUGGGUCAUGGCGAGCAGUCGCUUGAGGAUGGUGUUGCCGCCGUGUCUCUGGAAGACACCCAGAGCAAGGAGGAACAGAAGGCAGAUGUCAAGAGCGCAGCUGGACCAAGUCUCUCUGUUUCUGCUGUCGAUAUUGCCGACUGGUCGAAGAUUGUCGACAGACUUACGCGAACCAUCACUUCGGCCGAAGUGCCGUUCGCGCAAACGACGAGGUAUCGGUCACCAUUGCUUCCCUCCAAUGGGGAUAAUUUUGAUGUUUCGUUCCGCCGGUCUGAUGUCCUUACUAUCCCCGAAGAGGACUUGAGGGAGGUCUUCAUGGGGCCUGCUUCUUCCACACCCUUCUCUUCCAUCCUCGUUCCUAUCAUGUUCACACUGAACGAGCUUUUCUCUACAUCCAUGCCUAAGACUACUGGAUUCUUACUCCGCAUGACAGAGAUUCUUCCUGCCGGUGCGAUCCUGCUUGUUGUCGAUAGUCCCGGCAGCUAUUCGACUUUGAAGCUUGGAAAGGGACCGGAUGGCGAGCCCCAAGAAAGGAACUAUCCAAUGAAGUUCCUCCUUGAUCACACACUGCUGUCAGUAGCAAAGGGCAAAUGGGAGAGAGUUUAUACCGAGGAAUCGAGGUGGUGGAGACGCGAUGACAGGCGGUUGAAGUACGAAGUCGGUGAAGGUGCCGGGCUGGAGGAUAUGCGGUUCCAGAUGCAUGUGUAUCGGCGGUUGUAG